GAUACGAUACACUCACGAGUACUCAUGCCCAAGCCCGAGUACUCUGUCCAGCAUCCACAUCGGGGAAUCAACAUAAAUGGGUGGCUCCGCGGACGGUGUUCCAGCAGUCGCGCUUGGGCGGUCCGAGUGAGCAGUAACGGAUCUUCUGCAGAAAUCAGUGCAUAGAUACAGUAUCUGAAGGAUCAAAAAGUGUUGAAAAUCAAUUAAAAGAUGGACGAGGCUUCUGGCACGACGACAACCGAUGGCAAGUCCCUGGAUGAGGCGCCGGUGGCCGCAGGACUGGAGCCCACACAGCCGAUCGGCUUCCUGCAGCUCUUCCGCUUCUCCACCUGCGGGGAGAUCGCGUGGCUCUUCUUUGGGUUCCUCAUGUGCUGCGUCAAGGCGUUGACCCUGCCCGCAGUGGUCAUCAUUUACAGCGAGUUCACAGCACCCUCUCCGCUGCCACGAACAUCACCACGCUGUCGUUUCCCUUCACGAUGGCCAACAGCAGCGGCGGCGGGUACACCAUUCCCACGGGGACCCUGAGCAUCCUUCCCAUCGCGGCGAACGCCCAGCUGCCGACCAUCACGACAACGGCCAGUGGCUACGAGCCCAAUGACGUCAUCACCACGAUCCCCGUCUCGCUCUCCAUUCAGCGCUUUCCCUCGUCCCUGUCCA